AUGGUCGACAAACCCUCUGUCGAACUGAUCGAGGAGCAAUCCCCGGCUCCUUCUACUGCUCCAUCCACAAAGCCCCCGUUUAGAUCGCGGCUUCUCGCGCACUACAAGCGGUGGUGGUGGGUGCACCUACUCGUCACGACAGUGGUGACACUUGUGAUAACCCUUCCACUAGUCUACGUCGGCUACCCCCGAAUCGCACAAGACGGAAUCAACUCGUCCACGCUCAACGUCACCUCGAUGGAAAUCACCUCUCCGACGCCCUCGGGGUUCCACCUACAUCAAGUCCAGGUCCUAGGCUCUGACAGCAUCUUCCAUCCGAAGCUCUACGAGUUCAAUGCGGCAGUGCGGUUCCCGGGGGUCUCGGAUCCAAUGAUAAACAUCACCGUGCCGACUCUAAAGGCAAAUGACGGCACAACUAUUGAGAUCGUCCAGGAUGUGACUCUCCUGGACAGUGACGCCUUUGCGGAAUUUACUAAGGCGAUGAUGCUGCAGGAGGAGGUUAGUUUGAGCAUCUAUGGGAAGCCGAGGUUGAAGCAGGCCGGGUUGCAUACGAUUACUGUGACGUAUAACAAGACGAUUACGAUGAAAGGCCUCAACAAACUCGCAGGCUUCCAGGUCCUCGACAUGAAACUCGACCCCGAUCGAGACGACGGCAUGAACGCAAAAGGUUCCGUGCUGAUCCCUAAUCCAUCGGUCACAACGAUUGCAAUGGGAAACGUCACAUUCGACCUCUCCUCAAACGGGACAAAACUGGGAACCGCCGUCCUCCACGACCUUGUCAUACGGCCCGGGAACAACACAGUCCCGAUGCUUGCCAACAUCGACCAGCUCACUUUACUUGGUCUGCUUCCUGAUAGCCCGCCGUAUAACGUCGAGAUGCAGGCGGAUGGCAAGUCAAGUGUUUACGAUGGGGAGGAGUUGGACUAUUUCUCGGCGGCGCUGCAGGCUAACUCUAUUACAUUCACCUUUGAUGUUUCGAAGGCGUUGCCCGCGUAG